CUUAAACAUAUACAGGGAUGUAUGUCCGUUAUUUCUCAAUAAAACUGGAAAAAUAAUUUUUUAAAAGAGGGGAAUUACAUAAUAAAGAGGUCAACUCUGCAAGAUGUAAUGAUCCUACAUGCAAGUGUAUGCGCUUAGAAACAGACUUAAAGUAAGGGAAGCAAAAACAGCUGAUCAGGGAGCCUGCCCCUUUUCUCUUUUUCACCUGCCUCCUCUCUAAGGGGCGGGGCCCCAGGUGGGCCCCCGCAACUUGGCGCGUCGUCUUGGCAACGGGAGAACGUGCAGGGAGGGGCCUAGAGGCGGGGCUUGUUACGCGCUGCCUCGUCGCGUCUGAGUUGGGCGCGCUGGGGCGGGGCGCGCGGAGUGCGGGCCGUCAGCCCAUCCUCUCCCAUCUUCUAGAAGGUGAGCAGCCUCCGGUCGUCGCCCAGCGGGAGCUUCUGGGCCGCCAAUGGAGAGCCAGGAGUUUUCGGGUUCUUCUGGGCUGUCCGAUGGGCACGACAUGGCAGAAAUAUCCACUCGCUCAGAAGCCCUCCAGAAGCCCAUUGUAGUCAGGAUAUUUGACGUGCUCAACCAGCCUGGGGAGUCCGAGGAGCCGGGGUUAGCCGAGGAGGCCGGCGAGGAAGACCAGCCAGGCGAGUCAGAGGGGUGUGCAGAGUCCCACCAGAUCCCCAAGCCCCACAAGCCCUAUGAGCUCUACCAACCCUGUGAGCCCCACAGGCCCCCCAAACCCCAUGCACCUUACAAGCCUCAUCCACCCCGUGAGGCCCGCGAGCCCCACAAGCCUCACGAAGUCGAGUUGCUUCCCAGAGCUGGCGUGAUGAUCUCCCCGUCUCUGCUGACCAGAUCCCCGCCACGGCUUCUGCCAUCUUCCCUGAGAGAUCCUAGUCCCUGUGACUUUGUAAGGAAAUGUUCUUUUUCUAGGAAGAGAAUUCAAGAUCUUUCUAGGCCUAAGAAACAAUGGGGAGCCCCAGAUAGAAAACUGUUUUGGGGAAAUCAAGAUCCUAUUCGCCCUGUUUCCCGGAAUGCUUUGAAAGCUCAACUGACCAAAAGACUUGAGAACCUUGCCCAGCCUAAGGAAGUGUCCCACGAAUAUGUACCUAACAGGGUUCAGUAUUAUUACAGCUGCGGUAGAGAGUCUGUAAUCUGGGAGAUCCCUUCUCCUGCACUGCUUGGCCAACCUUCCAAAAGGAUCCAGAAGCUGGCACAGCCCAACAGAUUCAAGAAAGGGUAUCUAAUAAAUAGGCCCUUCAGUGAUUACUUAAGAGAUUCUCUUCAAAUCUCUGAUCCUUCUCCCCGGAUAUUACAACUCUCAAUACCCAAAGUCACAAAUCCAAACUAUGUUCCUCCAAGAAGCACUAAAACCAAAAUUGCGACGUCUGCCCUGACUGCUGUUGCAACUCCAAGAACUGUAGACCUUGCCUAUCCAAGGAUUAAGAUAGAGGGUCUGUGCUUUGAAAGAGAAAGAAUUGAAAUGCCCAUCCGUCCUAUAUCCUGUGCUGCCUUGCUCGCCAAACCUAGCUCUCGAAUACUAGCUCUAGCUAAGCCCAGGCCUCUUCAUCAAGAUUAUUUACCUCCCCGGGAUGCCUACUGGCCAGUAUCUUGUGCUGCUAUCCAUUCCAAGAUAUCUCCCAGAAUUCAAGAACUAGCUAAUCCAAAUACAAGGACUCCUGUGCGUAUUGUAUAUUACGAUCCAGAAGUCUUUAAAGUCAAGCCAGCUGCUUUGAAAGCACAGUGUUCUCCGAGGAUCCAUGAGUUGGCACAACCUCUUACGCGUUAAGCACAGAAAGCCACAUCAGUCAAACUCAUUAUGUUUCUAGAAGACAUAUUAGAUGACUUAGUUCCCUUGUCUGGUACUGUCAGUUUAUAGCCCCCACUCCCUCAAAGCACACGAGACCUCUAGGGAACACCACUGCUGCUGUUACCGGUAAUCAUGUCUUUAGCAGGUCUGGGGACUCCAGCAUGCAAUAAAAGAGAAAAUGAUAGCCUGCCUUAUUAUCCUUACUAUCUCCUCACGUGCAUCUUGGCUGUCUCAUUGCUCUGACUGACCUGAAGAUACAUUCUUCCUUAUAUUUGCUGGUUUUGCUUUUCUUUUCCCCAUGAGAUCUGUGUUCUCCAGUAGCUGAUCUCACCUCAGUGCCUUCUCUAAUAAAUCCUGAGAACUGAAAUCAUUCCUUGUGUUACUUUUCCAACGUCCCCUCAUUACCAAGAAAUAACACUGAAAUGGUGAAGCCUUUGUGGCUAAGUCAAAAUGCUUUAUAUAAUCUGUAGAUGAAAUUGAGGGAGUACGUUACCUUAAAUGAUCACAUCUCCACCAACUUCUGUUCCUUCACUCAUGCUCAGUGUCAUUUAUCAUGAAUGACAGAAGAAGCUAAACGUUUGAACAUGAUGAAAUGUAUCCAUUAAAAAGUACUCUGAAGAGAUGGACCUCCAGCAAGGUGUCAUGGGAGCUCCAGUGACCACACUCUCCAGUGAAUGUUAUUAUUUUUUUAAAUUAAAGCCUCUGGAAAUGGCCCUUAGGACAAACAACAAAUGAAGAAAAACAUCUAUUCAGGGAUAUCUAUGAAAAUUCAGUAAGAAAGAAUCUUAGAGCCUAAUGAAUGUAAUGUUCAAACAUGGUGAGCCCCUCAGCAAGUAAAAUUCCUAGCAUCACGACUAGUCAUAGCAGGAAACCAAGCAAUAACAGCCGCCACCAUCAUCCCCUCCUCCACCACCACCGCAGGAGAUUGACAGCUCAUCUGUGCCCCUCUUCUGCUUGGUUUCCGGUGAGAUUGGUAUAUGACAUCAUAUGGUAGAUUUGAACUUGAAUUUUGGAAUCAGACCUGGGUUUGUAUCCCACGUGGAUCAUUUACCAGAACUGCAUGGAAAGAAACCCAGCCUCCCUGAGAGACCUCAUAGCAAGAGAAGUCCAGACCUCCCCUCUGAGCCCGGCGGCCAGCUCGCCCUCUGCUGAAUGCAUCCAUGUGAGUGAGCCAGCAGGACCAGCAGAAGGACUGCCUGGCCAACCCACAGAAAGGUCAGGAAGGAAAAUGAUGGUUUUAAGCUCCUCUUUGGGGUUGGUUUGUUAUUCAGCAGUGUGGAACUGAAACAGUGAAGUAAGAGAGUAAGAGAAAGAGUAAGAGAAAGAGUAAGAGAAGGAGUAAGAGAAAGUAAGUAAGAGUAAGAGACUGAAGCCGUGGGUGGUAGGGAGGGCAGCAAGGGGUUCGGACUGCAGCCAGCUGAUUUUCAGAGGUUUGUGAGCAAGUACUUGGUUAGGGUCUGCUAAAGGAGCAGGCACACACUUCUCCCUCAAUUAGCUGUUUUAAGUGCCUUUAUCAACUUGUGUGAACUAACCUACAGCAGACCUGAACUUAAGUGAUCCCUGACUGGCCAGUAAGAAACUGCAUGAAUUGAGGCAGAGGAGUGGGCUGCCUCCCACCUUCCCUAACUCUCCCCUCCUCCUUCAGAGGGCUUUGCUUCCUGAGGACCUAUCUGAGGAGGUCCUGGCCUAUGACCAUCCUUAGAGACAUAGCACAAGCAGUAAGAAGACAGAGCCUGAAGGCAUGCAUUCUUUCACAGUUUGUGUUGUUUUUUGUUUUGGGGUUUUUUUUUGUGGUACGCGGGCCUCUCACUGUUGUGGCCUCUCCCGUUGUGGAGCACAGGCUCCGGACGCACAGGCCCAGCGGCCAUGGCUCACAGGCAGAGCUGCUCCGCGGCAUGUGGGAUCCUCCUGGACCGUGGCAUGAACCUGUGUCCCCUGCAUUGGCAGGCAGACUCUCAACCACUGCACCACCAGGGAAGCCCUGUGUUGGUUUUUCUUCUCAGUCUGGGAGGUGCUGCCAGGUGGGAAAACUUCCCCACCCGUAGCAGCAUGCAUCUGCCUGCCUGCCUGCUCUCUGUUGCCAGGGCGUGGUCUGUUGGAACUGUCAGGUUGUUGGGCAUCCUAGGCUGGAUUGCAAGACAGGGCAGGCAGAAGGCUGGAGACAGAGAAAGGGGGCUGGGGGAGCAGGGGAGCAGAAAGAAGCAGCUGGUCUUCAGUGUGAAGUGGGGAGCAAAUUCACCCCAGGAUACUAGGGACACGUAGGCAGUGGGUGGGCAGCUGCUCUGUGAACAGGGAGAGGGUGAUUGAGGCUUGGCCAGAUGGACAUGAAAGGAAAGCAGUAACAGACCCCAGGUAACACACCGCGUUUUCUGUAAUGAUCUAAGCAGGCAGGAGUGCCCUGGGGCUUGGAUAGUUUAAAAGCACCACAUUCCUGGCUUCAGCAAAGCUUAAAGCAUGGCCUAGGUCAGGGAGCCAUUUUAAGUUCUGGCUUCUCUGGGAUUUUUAAGUGACCCGUGACCCGUGAUUGUCUAGUAAGAAGCUGCAUGAACUGAGGCAGAGGAGUGCAUUGCUCACUGACAGAGCCGAGCCUCCCACCUUACCUACCUCCCCCCUCCUCCUUACAGGGGGUUUUGCAACUAAGGACCUAUCUGAGGAGGUCCUGGCCUAUGACCACCAUUGACAGCAGAGACAUAGCACAGGCAGUAAGGAGAGGGAGGCUGAAGACACAUGUUCUUUCACAGUUUGUGUUGAUUUUUCUUGGUUGAUCGCUGGUAGAGAAAGCAUAAGUGACUGUAUUAUAUGAUCUCAUAUAAUACAGGGAGGCAGUGUAGAUGUGGCUGGGAAUGUGCUUUCUGGAAUCAGAAUGGCAGGAUUUGAACCCAGGACCCGCCACUUACUAGCUCUGUGUCUUUGGAUAAAUUAACUAACUCCUCUGGGCCUCAAUUUCCUCACUUGCAAAAUGGAGCUAAGAAUAAUGCUGUCAAAUGCUGCUCCCCAAAGCACCACCAAAGAGCUUGUGGACAAAGCAAAGCUGAGUUUAUAGCUCACUGAGAUAAGGGAGAUCCCUACCUCAGCAGAGUUUUAGAAGCAUCUAGUAAAGACAGGGCAGUGGUGGGGUAUUUAUAGGUUUUCAGCUUGUUUAGGAUUGUGCAAGGGCUUGACAGACACAGCAGGGUGAGGGUUUCCAAAGGAGUCUUUGAGAAUUGAUGAGACCAGUGGAGUACUUUCAUGACAAUAACAAAAGUUGUAUGUAACUUCAUCUUCCUGGGCAAGAGUUUCCAAAAACCUAUUACUGAAGGCUGUGGGUAAAAGUCAUGCUAAUGUAGACAGUGAUCUGUGUAGGCACAGAUGGUUUAGGUUCAAGUUCUCCCAUUUACCUCCAGCACUGCUGUGAGGAUUAAAUGAGACAAUGGAUGAAGUGCUCUAAGUAUAGUCAUAGCACUUGAUAAAUGUUCAGUGAUUAUUGCUAUUAGUGCAUUAUUUUCCAGUCCAACCCCCAUUUCUCUUGCCAGUUUGCUAGUGCAUAAAAUUCCAUCUCCAGAAUUGUUUUCUCAUAACCUAAGGCUUUAUCCCUUUUUAAAAUGUAAACACAGGCAGAAAGGGUACCUCACUAAACCUAAUCAGGCAUUUACACCUCAGCAUGGAGGAGUUUAUAAAAUCCUAAACAGGAAGCCUGGAAGCUUAGAAUAUAAGCUUUACUAAUCCCUUAGGAGAAAUGGCCCCAUACAUCCCUAAGCUGUUCUUGAGGAGCCUUGCACGUGCCCAAUUACAUGCAAGACUAAGGACAGUAACACUAGGUCCAGAACAUCUGAAUUUCCCCCUUUCAAUCUGGUGUCAGGCUGCUCCCAUCUAGUAAGAUGCUCUUACCUCCUUGGCAUUUGUGCUUGCCCAGGGUUCUCCAGAACCAGUAGGGAAUUUUCUCCCUCCCUCCCUCCCUCCCUCCCUCCCUCCCUUCCUUCCUUCCUUCCUUCCUUCCUUCCUCUCUCACUUUUUGUCUCUUUCUUUUCUUUCAUCCUAUCUAUCUAUCUAAAUGGGAUUUAUUAUGAGGAAUCGGCUCACAAGAUUAUGGAGGCUGAGAAAGACCCAUGAUCUGCCGUCUGCAAGCUGGAGACCCAGCAAAGCCAGUGGUGUAAUUCAUCUGGGGUCUGAAGGCCUGAGACCCAGAGGAGCUGAUGAUAUAAAUCCCAGUCUGGGGGCUUGACGUGAUGAGAUGAGAUGUCCGAGCUCUAGCAGUGAGCCUUGACCAGCUUUGAGGACAGCUCUGGAGCGCUCCUGUGGGGUCGUGAUGGUCACAUCCCCGCCGCUACAUCAUAAGACUUCCGUUCCUAGUUGUUGCCAGCUAUUACAUUUUGGGCCACCUUUGGAGACAUUGGAUACCUCUGAACACAGUUCACCAGAACAGGCUCCGGACGCGCAGGCUCAGCGGCCAUGGCUAAUGGGCCCAGCCACUCGGCGGCAUGUGGGAUCUUCCCGGACUGGGGCACGAACCCGUGUCCCCUGCAUCGGCAGGCGGACUCUCAACCACUGUGCCACUAGGGAAGCCCUAAAACUGUUUUUCAUCAAAUAGAAAAGGUUUGGUCCAAAUUAUUAAGAGGAUGGUGAAUGUUAUAACCAUAUUACUAUGGCAGGGGGAGGGAAGGGGUAGAAACCUUCAUACAUUGAGUCUCCUACCCCAAAAUGCCACAGUGCUUCUCCAGAAUCCUCACAUCAGAUACUCCUCUAGGCUGAAGCACUGAAGGCCUGUCUUAAAAUGUAAACGUGCUCUUUGGUGAUGCUCUUAGAUGACCUUGGUUACUCAGUAAAGAGCAAACCCUGAAGGAAUGAGACACAGGACAGGUAAGUUUUGAUGAAACAAGGUGGGAGGGGGAAAGGAGAAGACCACAGCCUCCCAUGGCAGACUGGGGUGAGAAAUGGAAUAUGAAAGGGUCUCAGAAACCAACCCAAAGGUUUGUAAUUUUGUCCAAGAUGGGUAGGCCCUGCAUCUGUGGUAAGGGGGUGUGUGAGCCCAUCAACUUUCUUUUUUGUGAGUUGUCCGAUGAGCAUUUUAUUCAUUCUCCCCUCAACUCUGCAGGGAGCCUGCAGCUGUGGUAUUUAGCUCCUCCCGGGUUUCCAUUGUGUGGGCUGGAGUCCCAGGGCCGUGGGUGGCUCACCACUGGGAGGGCACCACGCUGAUGGAGAAGGCGGAAUAAGCUCUUUGCUCCAAGCACUUCUCCUCGUCUGCUUCCACUGCCCAGGGCUGAUGGGGUUCUCCACGCCCCCCGCCCCUCACAGCCCUGAACCUUGUCAAGGCCAUUAACUUUUUUUCAGCUGUAUCAAUUUAAGAAUUUUUUUAUUGAGAUGUAAUUGACAGCUAACAUUAUAUUAGUUUCAGGUGUGCAACAUAAUGACUCGCUAUUUGUAUGAAACACUGAGGCUGGGUGCUGAGCAGCAGAUCUAGUGAGGGUGGGUCCAGGCCUCAUUCACCCCUGCACCCCAGCGCCCAGCCCUGUGUCUGCCACCUCAGGGCCACUCCUGCAAUGUGUGCUGUGCUGAAAUGAGCUGCAUUUAGUCCAUGUUUGUGGAAUUUGGGUCUACCUCCCCAAGCCUUUUAAUAUCCCCAAAUAAGUCUCAGGCUCUGAAAAAGAUAAAUUGAUUUUACUAAUUGACUCAGGUGAUUCUAAUUCUUUGUCUUUGCUUUUCUAAUUGUUCUCCGUGCUCCGCAAGUAUCAAGCAGUGCAACGUGCAAAGAAGUAGAAAGCAGAGGGAAAGACCCCUUCUUAUCGUCAGACCAGACUCUCAUGUGCUUUUGUGGAAUAAGUAUUUUGUACCAGGACUGGACAACAAAGUGGGUUCCUGAUGAGAGAAGAUGAAAGGAAUGACCGCGUUGGCCAGGAUGGGGGGAUAUCAAAGGCUUUCUCUUCCUCUGGCCAGCUGCUCAGCUCCUUGGAGCAAAACAACCCGUCUGUCUGGGAUUUGUGUUAGACCUGAUCCUAUUGUGGUUUUUCCCCAGACUGUGUAAGGCAAUCAUCAUACGAGUUAUCUAUUUCUGUGUAACAAGCUAACCUACAGCUCAGUGGCUUAAAAUUAAGCUGAAGCCAAUUUGUGAAAAAGAUGGAAAUGGGUUAAAAAAAAAAAAAAAAAAAGAAGUUAGAUGAUUUUAAAGAGCCAUAAAGAAAGGAUCAGCUACAGCUACUUUAGGCUACAGGAGGACCAGUAAGGUUUUAGCUAGUAACCCACCCUGGUGGUAGGUGAUGGGGGUAAAUAUAGUUGGCCCUCUGUACCCCGGGUUCCACAUCUGCAGAUUCAACCAACCAUGGAACAAAAGAUACUUGAAAAAAAAUUCCAGAAAAUUCCAAAAAGCAAAACUUGAAUUUGCCAUGCGCAGGCAACUAUUUACAUAGCAUUUACAUUGUAUUUGCAACUAUCUCUAUAGCAUUUACAUUGUAUUAGGUAUCAUAAGUAAUCUAGAAAUGAUUUAAAGUAUACAGGAGGAAGUACACAGACUAUUUGCAAAUACUAUGCUAUUUUAUAGGAGGGACUUAAGCAUCCAGGCAUUUUGGUAUCUGCAGAGGGUCCUGGAACCAAUCACCCAAGGAUCCCAAGGGACAGCUGUACACAGGAUCAGCUCUGGCACCACUCACAGGGACAACGAGAGAAGAACUCUGGAAGGGAGACUGAUCAGAGACUAGCAACUUCCAAAAACUUCUGGCAAGAACACAGAAAAUUGCAGAGGCCUGUGGGGUGGAGGAAACCCACCCAGACAAGAAAGGGCAGGGAAGUAACAAGCAGAAGCAUGUGGAUCUGCCCCUUGAAGGAGAAAUGGGCGGCGUCAAGACGGUGGACUAGGAAGACGCAUAAUUCGUGUCUCCGCCCAACUAGGGCACCUACAAGGCACUGGUGGGGAACCAUGGACGACUAAGGGAACGGGAGGAACCUCCAGUGACCGGAUGAACUGGGCUGUGAGCUGUACUCUCUUUGACCUGUGAGAUUUUUGGAGGCUCCUUGAAUCUUGUUCAAACAUGGACCUGGCAAACUCCAUGUUCUAAUUCAAAGCUUCCUCACUGAACUCAGUGGAACUCCAGCUAAGGAAUUAAGUUGAAAGUGAUGUCAGUAUCCAGCCCUGUGCUGACAGAUUCUCAGACCACCAUCAGUUAGGUUGCAGAGGAGCAAGCCAGAUGAGGCUGUUCUGCUCAGACCGUGGUUCACUGUGUAUUGUUUAGAGAAGAAUCUUGUAAACAUUUGUAUUCUGCAUAACUGCUAGUAUUUCUUAUUCUGGGCUCUUUAUUUUAAAGAACUGAAAAGACUGUGCCUGCGUUGUAGGUAAGAGUUCAGAAGUGCAUACCAGCAUCAUUCUGGGCUGGGCUGGCAGACACUGCUAGUGGCUUUUCCAAUAUCCAUCCUCCCCUUCUUUCUUACCAACAGAACCCUAAUUUUUCUCAAGGCAGUACUAUGUCCAAUUAAAAAGGCUCACCUUCCCAACUCCCUUGCAGUUGGGAGUAGCCAUGUGACCCAGUUCUGGCCAAUGACAUGUAGGGAGAAGUCCCUAGAUGGGGGCCUCCAGGAACCUUUUUUACAGGGAAAAGUCUUAGCUGGCAUUUCCCUUUGUUUUUUCCUUUUUUACUUGAAAUGCAUCCAUCUUGUCUCCAUAAACACAAGAGCCACAUGCUAAAAAUAGGAAAGUAGGAAGAUAAAAUGUCUGCAAGUUCUUGGCAAUCUUAGGGAGCAACCUACCUGCUGAUUUCUUAUGUAAAAAUAACUAAUCAAUUAAACAAACAUACAAAAAGCCUAUUUGGUUAAUCCAUUGUAAUCAAGUUACUGCUCCAUGCAAUCAAACGCAAUCUUAACUAAUGGACUGCUAAGAUGUUUAAUGUGCUCUGACAGAAAAUGGAUGCAAAUCCACUGUAGAGUCCUUUAGAGCAGUGCUGAUCAGGCUUUCAUGUGCAUAGACACCACCUGGAGAGCUUGUUGAAAAUGCAGAUUCUGAUUCAGUAGGUCUGGAUUGGACUCUGAGAUUCUGCACUUCUCACAAGCUUGCAGCUAAUGCUGAUGACGCCAGUCCUGGACGACUCUGAGUAGCAAGGAUUUAGAAAAUGACAGCUUUUUUGUCAGGCGGCUUCUAUGUUGAGCUAUUCUGUUUUUCUUUGAUAUGCUUAUUAUUCAGUUAAAAAUCUGCAGAGGACUCAAUGCAUUUUCAACAAAAUGUUAAGGUUUUAUUUAGAAAAUCAUUUUAGAGACAAAACACUGUUCAUUUUGUUUAGCAAAAUGAAUUUAACAAAUGCAUUUAAAUAAGGUAAAUUCAAGACUUCUGUGGAUUUUUUUCCUUAGUUACUUGAUUUUCUGCCAGUGGAAGUUUCUGUCUUCCAGCCUGAGUGCUUUCCAAGUUAAUUCAGCUAUAAUCCAAGGAACUGCUUUAUGGAAUCUGAAUAACUCAAAUUCACUCUGUAUUCUCACUCAAUCUCAGUGUAUUAAAUGAAACACAAGGAAAAUGACUUAGGAAAGUAGAAUUAGAAGGAAAUGUUUCUCCCUCUUGGUCAUGUUACCUUUUCAACAGAGGCCUUGUCUUCUCUGAAAUGGAUGGUGAAAGUAAAUUGUUACUGGUAGGUGAUGGUCAAAAAGAAAACUUAGAUGGUUUUCACACCAUCUGUCAUCAUGACCCAAAGGAAAUGCAAGCCACACCACUUCCAGCCAAGCCACUGCUUUACACAGAAGCUGCCCAUAGCUUCCUAUUGUUAUUUUCUUUUCUAGUUAUAUACAUUAAAAAAAAAAAACAA